AUGCAGUCGCUGCUUUUCACCGCCCAGACGAUGCGCACGAAAAUCAAAUUCCACUUUCACGAGCUUCCGGCAGACGUACAUCUCCAAUUGCGUGACUCGCUACUAUCCCACAUCGAUCGCUUUAGUAACGGGCCCCACAGCACAGUACUCACCCAGCUUGUAGUAGCGCUGGUUGAUCUGAUGGCGUAUGUGGUGGCCUGGACUGACCCACUGGGAGACUUGCUGGGCUUUUUUGGGCACCGCACAGAUCGGCUGAAGACACUCCUCGAGAUCUUGGAGGUCUUCCCCCAAGAAACCGAGUCACGAGCCCUGCGCAUCAGCGACGAGCGGCUGAGCGCUUUAGACGACCAACUGCGCUCACAUGGCGCUGAGAUCAUGGCUUUGCUGCAGACCUGUCUAACUACACCGGAAUAUCAGGAAAAGACUCAUCAG